GAGCUACAUGGUUGAGGAGGAGCUUGAUCUUCAAACUUCUCUCAAACAGUCACAUGCAUCAAGCACCAACUCACAGAAUUCAUCCAACCUAUUGGGUGAAACUGAAACAAGUGGCAGGUUGAGUGACGAUCUAGACCUCAGCUUCCUACCUGAUGACCUCGGCAAUCAAAGCUCUACUACCACAGUCCUAGCUACAGCAGCCACAAAUCAAAAUGCUGAGCUUGAUGUUUUGGAGGACAGUGGCAUAAAUCUGGAUGAUAAUUUGCACAAUAUGGCUGCAGUGAAACGUCAAGUGACAGUCAAUUUGGGAUCAGAGAGCAAUGCUUCCCCGUUCUGUCCUAUGACUCCAAUGACCCCGAUGACUCCAAUGACCCCGAUGACUCCAAUGACCCCUGUGACAGAGAAAUCGGGAAUCAUUCCACAGCUACAAAACAUUGUCUCCACUGUAAACCUUGGCUGUCCGUUGGAGCUAAAAUUCAUUGCACUGCAAGCCAGAAAUGCAGAGUACAAUCCAAAGGUGGUAUACUCCACUGUUUACUUUCUCAUUUUCAGUCUUUAUGUAUUUAAUUUAUUAAUUUUCACCCAUUUUUACCAGCGCUUUGCAGCUGUAAUCAUGAGGAUCCGUGAGCCUCGAACAACAGCACUGAUCUUCAGCUCAGGGAAGAUGGUCUGUACAGGAGCCAAAAGUGAGGAGCAGUCCCGUCUGGCAGCAAGGAAAUAUGCCCGGGUGGUCCAGAAACUUGGCUUCCCUGCCCGGUUUCUCGACUUUAAGAUUCAGAACAUGGUGGCCAGCUGCGAUGUCUGCUUCCCCAUCAGACUGGAAGGACUGGUUCUCACCCACCAACAAUUCAGCAGUUAUGAGCCUGAGUUAUUCCCAGGACUUAUCUACCGGAUGGUGAAACCUCGUAUUGUCCUGCUCAUCUUCGUAUCUGGGAAGGUGGUUUUGACUGGAGCUAAAGAACGUGCAGAGAUCUACGAAGCCUUUGAGAACAUUUAUCCCAUCCUGAAAGGCUUUAGAAAGCAGUGACAGCAUUUUCGUUCUUGUGUAAUUAAAAUAUGUGUUUAAUGGUUAAAUUCAGUGUCACACCAUUCCUUUGGUUGAAAAACAGGGAAAUUUGUUUUAGAGCUUGUUGACUUCCCUCGAACAAAAUAAAUAUUUUUUUUAAAUGUUGACCUACAUAAUUUUUUUGGGUUAAUGUCAAGUUACAACAGACAUUUUAAACAUCAACUUUGCAUUAAAAGUGUCCUUAUUUAUCGAAUGACGCUUAAUGGUGACAGUCCAAAUAUUCAUGAAAACGUCUUCAUGGUGUAAUGUCAGUCUUAUACACACCCAGUCAA